AUGCUUCCAAUAAUCGCAAUCAUCUUUGCUCUAACUCUUGUCAGCGCUCAACAACAAAAUGUAGCUGCAAACGGAAAAGUGGCGGUCGAUAUUGUGUCAACGAUUUUGAAAGGAGUUGAAACGAUUUUGAAGGCGGCUGGGAAUAUUUCACCACCACCAGCGCUUCCGACACUACCCACACUUUUCAAGCUUCAACAUGAUGAAGCUGGGAAGAAAUAA